AUGAGCGAGAGAAUGAGCUCCGUUGAGGAUAAAGAAAAUGGCUUAACUGAAACUAAAUACAGUUCUUUAGCAACAAAUCAAGAUAGCAAUAAUAUCAGCAAUAAUAACACAAAUAAUUCAUCCACUCCAAAUACCACUACUACUACUACUACUCCACUUAACACUACUACUACUCCACCCACCAACUCAUCACCACCCACUAACUCAUCACCACCCAACUCAUCACUACUUAACUCAUCACAGCCCGAGAAACGUAAACCCAUCCCUUUAGAUUACGAUUCUAUCCAGAAGAGUAUAGAAACAAGUAUAGAUGCCGAGAUAGUAGAAGAACCGGGUAUUUCCUUAAAGAUUCCAGAACAAGCAGGUCCUUGUAUCUCUGAUCUAUCUCCAUUUACUUUCAAAGAGAACUCUAAGGGCGUAGAUGAAAGUGUUGAGAGUAAUUAUCAGUGCUGUGGUGAGUCUUUGCCUACUUUACGUGAUUUAGUGAUGCAUUAUGAGAAGUCCCAUUAUAAGUUCAUUUCUACUAUGAAUAAGAAAGAUGGGUUACAACAUGUUAAGUGGCAUGGGGGUGAGAGUCAUAAUGAAGUAGUGCAAGUGCCUACUAUGGUUUUUAAUGAUACGUCAAUGACUUACGACUAUUCUAAGCCGACUGCCUUUUACAAUACGAUUCUGCAAUCUGAGAGUUUAUCUUUAGGAGUGUUGUUGCCGCCGGUGGUAGUUAAGGACUUUAAUAUGGAUGCUGAGGUAGAGAUGUUAGGGGAGUCGCAUUAUGAAGAUGAGGAUAAGAAGAGGCCGUUUAAGUGUACGCAUCCGGGGUGCAACAAGAAGUACACUUCGGCCUAUGGGCUUAAGUAUCAUAUGAGUCGGGGGCAUUUAGGCGGGGGAGUGGAGAGUGAGAAGCCUUAUGCGUGUGAUGUGCCCGGGUGCAGCAAGCGUUACAAGAACCCGAACGGCCUGAAAUACCACUUUAAUAACGGCCACUAG